UAUAGACAUAGUAUGUAUUGUCAACACCUGAAGCCACAGCAACAUUUUGUCCUUUCAUGAUUUGGCCUCUAAACGUCUUUUCACACAUAACCUGCCAUAGCACAACAUAUAAACAACGCAGCGCGACUGCAUGUAACACUCGGUCUAACCUCGCACUAGUCAUUGAAGUGGCGUAGCCUGUCAUAGCAUUACAUAAUGGAACAACAAACUCAAGCUUCUGCACAGGCUCAGCGGGAAUCGACUGCUAUGUGUGGGAUGUCUCUGCGGAGACACUCCCAGCACAGUUUGGCUCUCAGUGGUACACGUCGUGGCAGAGCGGCCGGCUCGUCAGGUUGUGGUGUGGCAGUGAUGCAGCGCAGAAACAGAAGCCGUACACACUGGAGUCUAUUCACCCGAUGCGUCUGCUCUACAUCGAAGCAGACACUCGCCAAGUCUGCCUUUUUUUUUACUGACAACUGCUUUGGCCUGGGUUUGUGUUAUGUCUUUUUUCUCUGGUAUUGUAAUGGCUAAAUGUAUAUUUUUGAUGCCAUGUAUUGCCGAUGAGAGAAUCCCAGUGGGACAGGGAAGGUGCCUGUUUUUUCUCAUAUGCAUGAGCUUUGGCACCACUUCUUAUAAUGAUUUUCUCUUACCAUUAUUUAAGCCAAGUCUGAAAAUGGAGGGUUUUCAGUAUUGUGGUUUAGGAAGAGGAAACUUAUUAGAUUAUAUUUAAUGCAAUUUAGGAAUUUAAAGUUGUUGAAUAAGGUUUUUGCGCAGUCUCCUGAAUAGCUCAUGUUUUUGCCACAUAUUUAAAUAUAUUACAUUGAUGACUGUCACGGUGCUGAGGAAGUAUUUAAAGAAUGCACUUCUAAAAUAGUUUGGUCUUUCAUAGUUAUUUAGGAAUCAGGGAAACAUAUUGAACUCGUUGGACAUAUAAAUAUUGUGAUUAUCACCAGAUGGACAUUUGUAUGCAUGACAAGGAAAUUUAUGCAAAUUUUAAUCAAGUCAAAUUGUGGGCAGCCAAAAAUCCAUUCCACAUUUUUUAUUUUUUUACCAUUCUCUUUUAACAUUUAGCAAUUUUCUAAUUCCUAAGUAUGUUCCCCAUUACUAUAUAAAGCUUCCAACUGCAGUGGAAUUUCUUCACCUUUGCUGUUUGCACAAAAAUAAAAAGAGUGAGCAGCUUAGUGACUUGACAAACCUGAUUAAUAGCCACGAGUAGCCUCAGUGUUUAGGCCCUGUAGAUCUAAUCACCCCACCAAGAACUGGAGAUGUUAUGUUUAGUUUGGCACUGAGAAGAGUAAAGCCCACAAGCAUGGUGCCAUGUGUGAAGAAGUUGAACCCUCCACCAUGUGCCUCUGCAUAAGUGGAGGAAAGUCACCCCCUAACAGGAAACCCAGGUCAUGACAUGAUAUAGAUUAACAAUGCAGGGGUCACUGGGAGAAGUGGGUUGUGGUCCUGACUUGGUAUGUUGAAAAUUGAAUCUAGUUCGGUACGUGUUAAUUGAAGAGAGGAAGUCGGGAAAUGUAAAGCGUAAAGUCUGAGCGUACAAUUAACGCGAGAUUGACUUUUAACUUACUUUUACUAACUGCUUACCCUACGAAAUAGUGUGUAAAAAAAAAAAAAAAAGGCCAUAAUUUGUGUCUAACCGUUUUCCCUUUGCAGUUACAUGAUUAAAUCCAAAUAUAUGAAAUAACGUGCUUUUUUAAAACAAAAAACUUGGUAACAGCUGGUGUUUUUCCGGUGAUGCAACAAAUUCAGUCACCCUACAUAUUCUGUGACCGACGCGCUGCUUACGUGGUUUCCAUAGCAACAGUUGGACAGUCUCAAACAAAACGGCGAAACUCUCAGCUCGCUUCACAACUUUUCGCUUCAAAAGUGUUUAGCCAACUCGCAUUUUAAAACCCACUGACGAAACUUAAAGGUCAAGCCCACUGGAGGUGAUAAAAGGAAGGAGAAAGCUCUGCACAACCUGCACGGACAGCCCUAGUCACUACUGCGGGCUGUAUGCUUGGCUGAAGCUGAAAAGGAUCCUCUCUGAAGCAGAGUGUGUGACAAGCCAGCAUGGUGCGUCUGACUGUCGAUCUGAUUGCUAAAUCUAGCAACCACUUCAAAAAGAAAAGGGGCCUCUCCCUGUCAGAGUAUCUCAAGACCCUCACCCACCUCCACUUUUCCAACAAGAAUAUUGAAAGUGUUGGAGAUCUCUCCAUGUGUAGAAACCUCACCGUUCUCUACCUAUAUGAUAAUCAGAUGACAUACAUUUCGAACCUUCACUUUGCCUUCAAACUCACCCAUCUGUAUAUGCAGAACAACAACAUCACUCAUAUAGACAAUCUAUAUAAUUUGCAGAAACUUUCCAAACUGUAUUUGGGUGGAAACAGAAUUGCAGUGGUGGAAGGCUUAGAGCAGCUCCAUGAGCUCAAGGAGCUUCAUCUGGAGAAUCAGAGGCUGGAACCAGGGGAAAAGUUGCUCUUUGACCCCAGGACUCUGCUCUCACUUGCUGAUUCCCUUUGUGUCCUGAACAUCAACAACAACAACAUUGAUGAUAUCAGAGACCUGGCAGUGCUGAAGGAAAUCCAACAUUUUUCUGCUGCUGACAAUGAAUUGCACAAUAUGGAGGAGCUAGAAGAUGUGUUCAGCCUAUGGCCUCAGCUGCUUCUAAUGGAUUUAAGUGGAAAUCCUGUGUGUAAAAAACCAAAGUACAGAGACCGCAUGAUAACUGAGUGCAAAAGACUUGAGGCUCUCGAUGGAAAGGAAAUUCAUGAGUUAACCAGACAGUUCCUUGUUAACUGGAAAGCAUCCAAAGAGGCCAAGAAGAGAAAAAACAACAAACACGUGCCGUCUGACUCAUCGAUCCCCUAUUCUUUAACAAAUGACUUUAACAUGGGUCAGGCUCCACAUCCUGGUCACAUCUACAGCCACGCCAACAUGCAGGGUUGGAAUCCACAACAGUCUCUCAGGGCGCAACAAUGAGAGAUUGCUAUGAAUGGACUCAGUUAUGUGGCCGUGUCAUCAGACAUCAACAGUCAUACAGAAGCUUAGGACAAACCUACCAGUCGACUGACUCCUCCACCUUACGUGCACAUCAGCCAGAGCACAGGACUAAGCAUGCAUCUGCCUUCUUUAAGCACCUUCGUCAUCAUAGCUGUGGAUUUUUUAUCCUUGUAACAGGACACAGUCACUGUCACCCACGCUGUGAUGUCCACAACUGCAGAGUCACCUGACCUGGUGGAUUACUGUUCUUUAAAAUUAUAGACAUUUUUUCACAAUAUAUUUACAAAUGUUUUGAUUUUAACUUGCAGUUACGACUAAACCUUUGCUCCUAUAAGUGUAUUAAUUGGCUGGAAAUAGUAAGUACACUCUAAGAAAUUUCCCUGUAAAUUCACAGUAAAGAGCUGACAGCAAAAGUUGCCAGCAGCACAAUGUUAUUUUACAGUAAUCCUACCAUAUUCUACAACAAGUUUAUUACUGUAAAAAAUAUUACAGUAUUAUGCUGUUUAGAGAGCUAUUUCCUGGGGCUUUCAAAAUGAAAGCCCCAGGAAAUAGCAAAUGGCUCAGACAAGAGAUGACUUUUUAACAUUAAGCUUUUAUUAAAGCCAACUCUGUAUCAAACAUAGUUCAAAAACUGACCUAUUUAACCCAUUAAAUUUUAGUAACAUACAAUCAUUUCCUCAUGCUGAACAGGUUCCCAUUGUGCAUGUUCUAGUUCAGGUACACUGAGUUUGGUUUCCAUUUCCCCUGAACUGUAACAAAAGAUAUCUAUAUAUCACUUGAAUUAUUUAACUACUGCAUUGAACACAUUCAGCAGCUAACAAAUUUCAAGUAAUUCAAGUCUUGUAAAAUAAUAUCUAUAAAAACAAUUAGUGAUGUUUAACAGGUUGUCAACAAUCUGUAUAAAAACUGCAUAUCACAUUUCAGGUACCCUGCCUUCAGAAUCAGUCUUUCAUAACUCUUGAUCAUGUUCAAUAAACACCUAGUCAAGGAACAAA